CACACACGCACACACUUAUUGCCUGUAUGAGAGAGAGAGGGAGGAUGGUAGAGAGACAUUAACUCGUCAUUGCUUUCAGUGUAUAGUAAAGCUCCAUUAAGCUGCUACCUGCGGGCACGCACACGCACACACAUAUGCAAACACACAUGAGUUGUGUGUGUGUGUGUGUGUGUGUGUGUGUGUGUGUGUGUGUGUGUGUGUGAUCUUUGCAUUUUUACCUGCAGUGGACAUCACGCACUGUCACGCAUGCACGCGCCUCUCGCAGCGCACGCACGCUCACGCACGCAGCAGCACCGAGGGAGCGAUCAAUACACUAAAAGCCCGGAGAGGAUUUUAACGGGAGCGGAGGACGGAGGAGAACCGGAGAAAGAACGGCAGCAUUAUGAAGCUCGGCCGCCAUGUCUAAAGCGACGGUGAAGAAGCUGCACUGGCGCUCCAAGGUCCAGGAGAGCUUCGUCCCGCUGGGCGGCGGCUCCGGAGAGCUGGGUCUGGCCAUCGGGGGCGGGGCCGACUACGGCGAGUUCCCAUUCGUCACGGCAGCCCACGGGGGCGGGGCCACUGUGGGCGACAUCAUCUUAGAGAUCGGGGGGACGCCCGUGUUAGGGAUGACCCUCGGUGAUGUCAGAGGAGUCCUCAACUCUUGUCCUCAUCCAAUCAGAAUCAAGACUGUCUCACCAGGUUCGUCCCUCUGUAAGGACCUCAGGUUGUACCUCAGUAAGUGUUUCACUCCGGGCUCCAUGGACAGUCAGCUGCAGCAGCUCAUCAGAGAGAACCUGUACCUGCGAGCUGUACCCUGUACGACCCGGCAGCCUCGGGAUGGCGAGAUUUCAGGCGUGGACUACAACUUUGUGUCCAUCGAGGAGUUUUUCUCUCUGGAGGAGUCCGGAGCUCUGCUGGAGAGCGGCAAGUUCAAAGGGAACUACUAUGGGACACCCCGCCCGGUCCACAUCGGUCCGGAGAGUCCACCAAUCACGUACCAGGAACACCGAAACCUGCUGAGGAACUUCAGGACGAGGAGCAAAUCUCUGAGCAACCUGGAGAAAGCUGUGGAGGAAGGAGACAACAGUGAGGAGGACAGCGGACUGUCGGGGGGUUCAGCCAGAGUCCCGCCCACCAACCUGCCUCUCAGCCAAUCGUGGGAGUCGGCGGUGGGGAGUCGGGAGGGAACAGAGAACGGAGGAGGAGGAAGAGGAGGAGGGAGAGGAAGAGGAAGAGGAGCAGGAGGAGCAGGAGGUCCGCUGCCUGAAAACUGGGAGCUGGCGUUCAGUGAUUCAGGAGAGCCGUACUACAUUGAUCAUAACUCAAAGACGACCAGCUGGCUGGAUCCUCGAACUCAGAACAAAGAGACUACUUCCUGUACAGAACUCCCAGAGUUCACAGAGCAGCCUAGUCAGCUGAAGGGUUACUCCAUCCACACUCGGCUCUCCAAAGGUCCUAGAGGUUUCGGCUUUAACAUCGUGGGAGGAAGUCGACCCAGGGAGUUCCUGCAGGUGUACAGUGUCACACCUGGAGGCCCGCCAGCACUGAACACAGCGGACAUCCUCGUCUACAUCAAUGACAGCUGUGUGCUGGGUCGCUCUCAUAAAGAGGUGGUGGAGAUGCUGAAGUCAGUGCCGAUGGGUCAGAGCGUGGACGUGGUGCUGAGGAGAGGAUACCCGAUGCUUUAUAACCCCGAUGGAUGUCCAAAACAGAGUCUGGAGACGCAGCCACAAACUUCCAACGAGCCCCCCAACCCCCCCAAUAUGAAUCGUGGCCUGACACACCUCACCUACAGCCGAACGCUCGACGCCAAUGGCAGUACACCAGGACUGUGCCAAACCCCGCCCUCCUACUCCUCUCCAAUGACAAACGGGCUGACCGGCCCACCGACACCCACUUCCUCUGAUGCCCCACUGGGUCCACCACCCCUUCCAGAAAGGACAGCAGCCAAUCACAGUGACUCUGAUGGCGGCGUGUCCAAUGCUGGAACACGAAGGUCUUCUCUGAUUCCCUACAACAGCAGCACUCUCCCCGCCCUCUCCUCCUCCUCCCUCUUCCACCAUCAGAGCUCCAAAUCUUCAGAGAGCGACUUGUCCACGUCAACACUCCCCAUCUCCUCUUCCACACUCCCCAUCGCCUCCUCAUCCUCCCACACUCUGUCCAAACUUCCCCUUUCUCAACCAGAGACGGGUCUCCUCCAAAACUCUACCAGCCCCACUACUGCUAACAACCCCACCUCCUCCUCCACACCUUCUGGUGCUCCUGUGCAGCGCCCACUGAUGCCCCAGACUACCCUCGCCCUGACCCCACCCAGAGACGUCCCACCUUGCGGCUUUAACGGUUGUCCAGCCAAUCACCAAUCACCCUCCCCAGCGUCCAGAGGAAACCCAGGGCUGGUGCUUCCCCUUGGUGUGGGGUCUCCUGCGUCAACUCCUGGUGGGGAGCUCGUACCGGUGGCUCUCGGACGCAGCGAGAGUGGAGGGCUGGGGUUCAGCGUAACGGCAGGGGGGCAAGGAGGUCAGCUGGCGGUGGUAAGGCGGGUCUGGGAUCGAAGGCACUGCCCCUCUCUGCAGCCGGGGGAUGCUAUCGUAAAGAUCAACGGAGCAGACGUACAGAGCCUCAGCUUCUCCCAGGUCCAGAGAGUCCUGCAAGAACACACCAAACAGGGAGAGGUGGUGCUCCUGGUCUACAGAGGAGGUCCUGUCUCUUCACCAGCCGUCACCCCCAACCUCUACAAGCCCCUCCCCUCCCCACACAGCCAGGUCUCCCCCUCUUCCUCCCACCCCCAGACUUUAGCCGACUUGCCUUCCCAGUCCACGGGUGCCUUGGUGGGGGGCGUCCCCCCACUGAACCAGGCCGGCUUGGCCCCGGAGAGUCCCCAGGAGGAACACCUACCAGCCCCAGGAACCCACCAAGGGGCCCCUCCUGCCCAGGCACCAAACGGGCCCCAGGCCUCAGCCCUCAUCCAGAGCACCAGCUUCUUGGACUCGGUUCCUGUGAUGCUGACCUUAGAGCCUCGAGAUUUGCUGGGAGUAGAGGAGAGCGCCGGCGGGCCUCCUCCCACCAGAGGGGAAGGAGCGCUGGGAGCAGUGUCCAAAGACGCAAGAGGAGGAGUAAAGACAGUGGAGGUGGAGCUGAGGAGGAGGCCAGGAGAAGGCUUUGGAUUUGUCAUCGCCUCUCAGGAAGUGACCAACGGGGCUUCCCUGAUGUCCCACCGGUUUGUGACGGUGCGUCGUGGCAGCCCGGCAGAUCGCAGUGGGCAGAUUCAGCCCGGAGACCAGCUGGAGGCGGUGGAGGGUCGGCCGGUCGGAGGUCUGCAGCACCGGGACCUGGCCCAGAUCCUGAGGAGGGCCGGUAACACGCUGAGACUGAGCAUCACGCCGAGACACCACUCCUCCCUGUCAGAAGGAGCAGAUUUGGAUAUUGACAGUCGGUUGAUGAAAGGAUCCAGAGGGAGGUCAAAGGGCGAGUCCAGGUUCUACAGUGUGGAUCUGGAACGAGGUCCUACAGGUUUUGGGUUCUCUCUGAGGGGGGGCAGCGAGUACAACAUGGGACUAUAUGUACUGGGACUGAGAGGGGGGCCGGCCCAACGCAGCAACAAGAUCCAGGUGUCGGACCAGCUGGUGGAGAUCAACGGGGACAGUACAUCAGGGAUGACUCACAGUCAGGCUGUGGAGCAGAUCAGGAGAGGAGGACAUCGAAUCCACCUCGUCCUCAAGAAAGGAAACGGAUACGUACCCGACUACGGCCCUGAGGAAGGAGCCCUCUCCCCCUCCUCCUCUUCACACACAGAGGAGCAGGAUGUGAAACCAGUAACCAUGACAACCGCCUCCCUCAGCCAGCCGAGGGGAGGAGGAGAUGGUACAGGAGGAGGAGAAGGAGGAGGAGAGAGGAGGAGGACCAGGAGAGAGGGAGAAACCAAACGAAGAACAGGAGGUGGAGGAGGAGGGUUAGGGCCUCCUGAUCUGGACCUGGACAUAGUGGAGGAGGAGGCAAGGAAGGAGGAGAGGAGGAAGGAUGAGGUGGAGGAGAGGAGGAGAAAAAGUCAGACUGUCAGGCCGAAGGAGAAGCGGGGCAACCAGAGGGAGCAGGGGAGGAGGAGCAGGAGCUUACCCAGGACCGGUGCUCGAUCCUGGGACACGUCUCUGUCGGUGGAGAGGGUGGAGGUGGAGGAGUCCGGAGGGAGAGCGGGGGAGAGGAGGAGGAGUGAGACGAAGGGUAGGAGGAGGGUGACAGAAGAGGAGAGAGACGACAGCACCACCAGCCAUGCAAAGCAUUCUGGGAGCCCAGCUACACAUCAGAGGGCAUUGUUCUCCUUCCUCAUGCCGAUGGACGCCGCCGCCGCCGCCGACCGCCGGCGUCUGUCUGACAGCGAAUCAGCAGCCAGCUACUCCGAGAGCUGAGCUUCCAGUGUACGGAGAGUCGGAGAGUCCAAAACAGAUCCCUUUUGGGAUGACUCCCGCAAGGAAACAGUAUAAACUGCGUUACACACAGUUAGCAUCCAGCUGUUAAUACACUGUGGACACAUUGUAGCAACAAAGCUAAGUUAACGAGACUGCUUCAUUUUUUCUCUUUAAUAACUUUUUCACAACGAAGAACAAAACGUGACGUAAACAGAGAAGCUAGCGAGUUAGCAGUUAGCUCGCCAGCUAGCCCUGUGAGUCGUUACCAAACUCAGAACCAAAUAUUUGUAUUUGUUGUUACAGAUUAUUGAUACGUGAUUGGCUGUUUGGAACCAGCUUCAUGGUACCAGUAAUCAGGAUCACUGAUGUGGGACUGAUGCAGGUCAUCUUCAUCUUCAUCUUCAUCUUUCUAACUUUAAACUCGUAUGCAAACAACAGGAGAACCUUCGUCGCCUCCGAGACGCGUCCUGGCGUCUGUGAUUCUGUACUCUGAGCAUGUGAAUAUCACUGGAAUGAUUUUUUAUUUUUAUAACCUGUAAAGGCUCAAUGACAUUAUUGUUCUUAUUGUUAUUGUUAUUAUUAUUAUUAGAGAGUAAAUAGAGAUGAUCUGAUUUGCCUGCUUGCUUGUAAAAAAGAGGAAAAAAACCCUUUGCCCUGAUGAUGUAACAGCCAUACACACACACACACACACACACACACACACAUUCAGGUCCAGCUGUGGUCCUGUUGACUGUCAAUAACAUCGCCACGGCAACCCGGCCGGCCUGUUCCUAUAGCAACAGCCACGGCGGAGCAGAACUCUGCGGCCGACGCGGCCGACGACCCGCAGCUCUGGAUCAUAACAAGUGCCUCGUUUGAUUUCAGCCUUCGUCCUGCAAACUGACGCCGAGGCUGCCGGCGGACCCCGCCACUACACAACCGACCCGCCACUUCCUGUCACACCUCAUCAAACAGCGCCAAGUCCUUCCGUACACCGCCGCGUCCCGUUAACAUUUCCCACAGCCCGAAGUCCAACAGCUGGUUUUAUUCUGAAAUCCAAAGAGAUUCAGUAAAUACAUUGAUCGGAUUUCCACAGCUGAGACGCUGGUUGUAACUAAUAACUACAAUUAUUUCUCAGUUAUCAAAAGAGUUACAAAUUAAUUGAUCAGCUAAUUGAUUAAUUGUUGGUCAGUUGCUGUUUUUGACAUUUUUUACAUCUGCAGCAUUUUCUGCUGGAGCUGAUUCUAAAGAUCAAUAUCAGACCGAUCAGACAUUACUGAAACUAAUUAAUGUUAAUUAACCCUUCCUAAGACCCUCGGUCAACUUCCUCUUCUCCUGUACUUAGAUAGAUAUGCUAUGUGCUAAGCUAAUCUAUGUUGUUUUAAUGGAUCAAAGAUAAAUACAGUCAUAUCUUAAGUUAGCUAAAGUUAGCAGAACUCUAGCUAACGAACAAUUGAUGUAAAUUAGCCACUUUUUUGCAAACAUUAGUUUUCAGAUGUUACAAGUUAGCUCUGAUUAAUGUAUGCAAGUUAGCUAGUUAGCUAGAGUUUUGCUAACUUUAGCUAACUUAAGAUAUGACUGUAUUUAUCUUUGAACCAUUAAAACAACAUAGAUUAGCUUAGCACAUAGCAUAUAGCAUAUCUAAGUACAGGAAAGGAGGAAGUUGGUUAACCAAAGAUUGUUUAUGAGAUAAAAGAAGCUUCACUCUGUAACGCUGCUGUUAAAUCAGAGUGAGACAUGUCUCACCUAUCUCCACAUCCUUCUUUUUUAACCUCAUUUUCCUGUCUGUCUGUCUGUCUGUCUGUCUGCACUCACACUACAACUCCCACACACCCUUGCGCUACCCUUUAGCCCCGCCCCCUCAGCCAGCUCUUUCUGUGGGCAUUUGGAUCUUUGUCUUCUAUGCAUUUUCUUAGACUGGUUGCCGGUGAUUGAUUUCUCUGAUCGGUUCUGAUCAGCAGCCGAUUGGAGGCUCACUGGAGCCUGGACUCUGAUUCUAAUGACGGGUCUGAAUAUUCAGGUUCUGGUCCAAAGACGACUGAGGUCUGAACAGGAUCCAACGGUUUCUCAUCAGAUGUGCUCCCAGACAGCAGGAGGAGUUUGAAGGAGGAGUUUGAAGGAGGAGUUUGAAGGAGGAGCACAUCGAACUGACUGUUGGUUUAAUAAAGAAGAGUUGAAUGCCCCUGAGCUAACUGUUAGCUCGCUAACUCGCCGGCAGUGUCAUUUAACAAACAAACGUUAAAAACAAACAUUUAUUCACUUUUACAAGUGAAAUCGUUUCAUUUCUGUGUGUUACCAGCUGGACAGGGUUAGCUUAGCUUAGCAUAAAGACUGGAAACAGGUUGCCUGGCUCUGUCCAAAGUUUAAAAAUACCCCUACCAACACCUAAAGCUAAACUGAGAAACAUUAGCUCAAAGCAGGCUUUCUUGCGCUAGUUGUUUACCCCUACUUAUGCUAAGCUAGGCUAACCAUGUCCUGAAUCCAGUUCUUUACACAGACAUGAGACUCUGAAAGAAAGAAGAUGAAACUAUUUCCCAAAGUUUGGAACUAUUCGACCUUACAACUGACCCGUCAUAAGGCCCGCCCCUUUUUGCUCUGAGAUCCAAUCACAGUUGAUGCUACAUGCUAGGCUAAUCUAUGUUGGAAAGACUUUUAUUGGUUCAAAUAUCAAAGAGACAAAUAUAUCACACACACACACACACACACACACAGAGACACACACACACACACACACACACACACACAGAGACACACACAGACACAGACACACACACACACACACACACACACACACACACAGAGACACACACACACACACACACACACACACACACACACACACACACA